AUGGAGUGGGCCAAAGAACAAUACAACAAGCAAUACGAAGCCUGGGUUCCGUGGCUCGAGGACCUCUACCUCCGCUACUUCACGCGGGACAACAAGGCGAGCUACACGAUGCAUAACCUCAACAAAACGAAAGUAACCCCUAUCGAGCCCGUCAACAACCUCCAAGACGGCGUCAACGACUUUGUCGCCGGCCAGGUAGGCCAGGACGGCCUAGCCAGGCUGGUCGGCGACCUCGCAUCGCGUGAGGGGAUCAAUAGGUUCGAGAGGAAGGGGAAGGACGAGAGAGGUGACUAUGUGCCCAGCGAGGUGACAGAACCGGCCGGCGGGGUCGGGGAGAUGGCGGCCGGAGCCGGAAUUGCCGUUGUGGGAGGGGCCGUCGCCGGUGGCCAGCAGGCUGCUGGCGCGGUGAAGGGCGGAGUAGAGAGGGCUGGGGCCUGGCUUGGGUUCGGCAAGGGGAAGGGGAAGGAGUGA